AACGUUUGUACAAAACUUUAACGAACCAAGCAGUAUUAAUUUCCGUCUUCCGUCAUCAUCUCGUUAGAUAGAUUUAAAAUGCAUGUAAUUAAAUAUUACGAUAAACUUUUUCGUCAAGCUUAUCGAAUAAAUAAUGAUUUUUCAAUUGAAAAAAAAAAAAAACAAAAUAAAGAAAAGAGGGAGAGACAAAGAGAUAAAGAUAGAAAAAGAAAAGAGAGAACUAAAAUAAAUUUCCUGUUACUCGGGCUCUUUCUUUCUUUUUUGAAAUCUUGCACGCGUGCGUUUAACAUACACAUAACAAAAGAAAAACUAAGAACUACACUAUACUUCUUUUUUGAUCAAUCGUUUGAACUUGGAUAUAUAAAAGCGAGAGAGUCAAGGUUUAAAAAUAGAGACUCGUCGUAACACUUUGGAAGACAUUUUUAAGAAAGCUUGCAAGUCACACCCUUUUUACUUAUCUAAUCAAAUUUACGAGAUCUUUUAUUAUUAAAUAAAAAAAAUUAAACGAAAAAUAAAUAAAUAAAUCAAUCGAUCAAUCAGAUAACGAGUCGUUUUUAUGUACAAAGAAACGAAAAAGAGAAAGAAAGAGAAUGAGAGAAAUUAAGAAACAAACGACACAUGUAUACACGCAUACAAUACACAUUACAUACACACGCAUAAGUUUACACUAAAUAUGCACCUGUAAAUAUCGUCUGUAUUCCGUACUUGUUACAAUCGCGUUCGCGUAACGUCGUACAAUUUUGUCAUGAAGCUAUUGAUUAUAUACUUCUUAUAUAAAAAAAAAAAAAAAAUAAAGAAAUAAAUAAAUCAUCAUCAUCAACAACAAGAACAACAACAGCAAAUUAUGUACUACGAAGUAACGUAUUAAACGUGAAUAAACUAUUCGUCUGUAUAUUCUCAUUCGUGACGUUCUCGAAAAAAAACAAAUGAAACAAAAGAAACGAAAAAAAAAUCUACGAACACGAUUUAUUUAUUGUCUCAUCUCAUUUAUAAUUAUUACUUUUUUUUCUUGUCUCGUUAUUUUUAAUGAUUUAAUUGAUGAUCGUUAUUAGAUCUAGAAAAAAAAGUGAUUACUUUAUUAAUGUAAAGUUGAAUUGAAACAUUUAUUAAAUCGUUUAUUCCGCACCUUUACAAUCCCAUUAUGCACGAUCCUUUUCGUGUUGUAUUUUUUUCUUACUAUUUAAUAUGCCACACCCUAAAUUACUUUGAUUAUACUUGUCAACGCAUUUACGUGUGACUUAAAACUCGUUAAAAAUUCCUAGAAAUUUCUCAUUAAUUGUUCACUCUCGUUUGAAUGAACAUGACUUGUUGCAGGCAGAAGUUAAUUAAAAAUAAAAAAGAAAUUUAUUAAAUGUUUAACAAUUUUGUUUAAUCAACAUUCUAAUGUUUAACGUCAUUAGAAUCGCGUCAUCUAGCGUUAAAAAAAGAGACAUCAUUUUGUUAGAGACAAAACGUAUGAAGAAAAUCAUUGGAAGGGGUUAAUAUUUAACUGAGCAUGCGCUAACUAAAACUCUCGACAAGAUACCGUGCGGAUUUAGAAGUUUGUAACGCGCGAGCUUCUUCUCUCAAAAGAGCGUCUUUCAUAAACUUCAUUUUGGUUUAUAACACAAAAGAACAAUACGAAGAUGCAAUUAUGGUACGUUUUGGUGAUAUUCCUUGCGUCUCUUUUGAAUUUUUCCAAACAAGUCGCCAUAGGAGGUUUUUUCGAUGACGAUGAAUUGAUUCAAGAAGCUUUUGAAUUAUCGAUAAGAUCGGUCAAUCGAGAAUAUCCAAGUAAUAUUUAUUUGGAACCUAAAGUUCAACUAGUAAAUAAUGAUGCAUUCGAUGUUACCAGUCAAGUAUGCAAUAUGGUUAGUACGGGUGUGGCUGGCAUAUUUGGUCCACAAGAUAAAGCCAUGGCUGAACAUGUGCAGAGCAUAUGCGACACGAUAGAAAUGCCACAUAUCACAGUUAGAUGGGACCCACAAGAAACACGCGGGAAAACAGUGAAUUUCUAUCCACAUGCAAAUACGUUGUCCUUGGCAUAUCAAGUAUUAAUACAAGAACUGGAUUGGCAAGAGAUGAUAAUAUUAUUCGAGAACACCGAUAGUUUGUUAAAUAUUAAACCACUUUUAGAACUUCGUAAUACAGGAAUUGACAUAUUUUUGUUUCAAUUAGGAAAUGGUCCGAAUUACAGGAACGUGAUUCAAGAGGUCAAGGAAACUGAAAUCGAAAACAUCGUGAUCGAUUGUUCCUUUCCAAUUUUAAAUGAAGUUCUCAAACAGGCUCAACAAGUUGGUAUUAUGUCGGACGAACAUAAUGUGGUUGUGACAUCAUUAGAUCUCCAAACAUUGAAUUUAGAACCGUACCGUUAUUCCGGCGUAAACUUUACUGGUUUUCGUUUAAUCAAUCCGGAAGAUCCAACGGUAAUGGAGAUUUUCAACAAACACAAACACGAAUGGAGCUUAUCCGGACCGGAUCAACUUCGACUUGAACCAGCUUUAAUGUACGACGCAGUUCAGCUUUUCGCUCAAACUUUAAAGCAAUUAAAUGGCGUUACAAACGACGACGUCAAACAGCUGCCUUGUAAUGGUUCGAUGAGCUGGGAACAUGGGAGCACUUUAUUGAAUUUUAUGCGUGUGACCGAAAUGAGAGGAUUGACUGGAUUAAUAUGGUUCGAUACUGCUGGAUUUCGAAGUAAUUUUCAAUUGGAUAUUGUUCAACUACAAUUAGAAGGAUUAACAAAAAUAGGAGUUUGGAAUAGCACCCGUAUGAGUGGAAUCGAAUGGAUGCCAGAGACGAGUUCAAUGAAGCCUGAUGCUGAAUUGAGUCUACAGAAUAAGACAUUUUUAGUAUUAAUAUCCAUGACAAAACCGUACGGAAUGGUUAAGGAAUCUGCUACGAUGUUGUCUGGCAAUGAACGUUACGAAGGAUUUGGAAUCGACAUUAUUGAAGAGCUUAGCAAAUCACUCGGAUUUAAUUACACUUUCGAAGUUCAAACAGAUAGCGUUUAUGGUUCUUAUAUAAAUAAAACAGGAAAAUGGUCCGGCAUGUUGGGAAAAAUUAUUGAAGGGAGAGCAGAUUUAGCAAUUACCGAUCUAACGAUAACAUCCGACCGUGAAAGUGCCGUGGAUUUUACGAUGCCUUUUAUGAACUUAGGAAUAAGUAUAUUGUAUCAAAGGCCAACGAAAGCACCGCCCAGUUUCUUCUCGUUUCUUUCGCCAUUUUCUAACGACGUUUGGAUAUGCCUGUUAGGGGUAUUUAUCUUUGUGUCAGUGUUAUUCUCCGUGAUCGGAAGAUUGUGUCCAGCGGAAUGGAACAAUCCUUAUCCUUGCAUCGAAGAACCCGAGGAGUUGGAGAACCAGUUCUCGUUGAAGAAUUCCUUUAUGUUUACCAUAGGAAGUAUAAUGCAACAAGGUUCCGACGUUGCACCUAUAGGAUUUUCAACAAGAAUGAUGGCAGGAUGCUGGUGGUUCUUUUGUUUGAUUAUAAUCUCCUCAUACACAGCUAAUUUAACAGCUUGUUUGGCCAUAGCUGCUAACAUACCACCAUUUACCAACGUCGAGGAAUUGGCCAAACAGAAAACCAUCAAAUACGGUGCUAAAGUUGGCGGAUCUACGUUCGAAUUUUUCAAAAAUUAUGCCAAUUCCAAGGAGGCCUCCUACCAGACGUACAAGGACAUGUACAACUACAUGAUCAGUACCGAGGAUGUCUUGACCAAGGACAACGACGAGGGUUUGAAGAAGGUCCUGAAAGAAAAUUAUGCUUUCUUAAUGGAAUCCAGUUCGAUCGAGUACAUCAUUCAAAGGGAAUGCAACGUUACCAAAGUUGGUGGAUUGUUGGAUCAAAAGGGCUAUGGGAUUGCUAUGAAGAAAAAUUCUCUCUAUCGUCAUCAAUUAAAUACGGCGAUUUUAAAAUUACAAGAGAGUGGUAGAGUGACCGAGCUCAAAAAAAAAUGGUGGACCCAAAAACGCGGUGGUGGUAAAUGCGAAGAAGGUGGUGCACCAAGUUCAGCAGAGGAAUUGAAUUUGUCUAACGUCGGUGGUGUUUUCUUGGUACUUUUCGUUGGUAUUGGAUUUUCUUUGCUUUAUACGAUAUUCGAGCUCGUUUGGGAUGUUGCUAUGAAAUCAAUCAAAGAAAAUUUAUCAUUUAAAGAAGAAAUGAUGGAGGAGUUGAGAUUCAUAGCCAAGUGUACUACCGAGACUAAACCAGUGAGACAUAGGAAAAGUUUAUCGCAAAGAAGUGGAGAAGAUAGUACAGAAGAUUGCAGUCCUCCUUAUGGAUUCGUACCAACUGUAAUCACAACAUCACCGGACGAUGACAAUUGAAAAAUUUUUGAUUAUUAUAAUAUCAUCUUCAAAAUCUACUAUUAGUUAGAACGUUGACAGAAACAUUCAUUACCAUUCGUUAAAUCAACUGUUUGAGUAAACAUACCAUUCACUCGGUCUAAAUUCUAACUGAACUCACCCGAAAUAGACAAGAUUGAAAAUAGCAUGAGGAUAAACCUAAUUCUUUGAUUAGCAAUCGUACAAAUUUCAACUUGGAAUUAAAUCUACAAUUUCGUUCUACUUUCAAUUAGUUUUGAUGCAUCUAUGUAUGUUAUACUAUUUAUAUAUAUAUAUGUGUGAGCGUCUAAGAAGUUUUGAAUAUCAACGAUAAGACUCAUAACCGCGAAAUCAUGUUUUUUGGCAUGAACAUGUCCACUCGAUAUUUCCUAUUUCCUGACCUAGACAAGACUCCCUCUAACUGUUGGUCUAUGAGAAAAUAGUUUGGCAGCAGCCAUACGAUAGUACGGAUGCUGCUCAGUCGAUGAAGAUUCGUUUUAAGUGCCGUUUAUAAAUUUUACUCUUCUACGAUAAUUCAUUAAAAAUUUGUAUCGUGCAUU